UAAAAUAUAUACCUCAUAAAUAUACCUACAAAACAACAAAAAAUCUGAAUUCAAGUUUAUGCUGUUGUUGCUGUUUUGCUGAGGUUUUAAAGAAUUUUAUAUUGUUUAUUCAGUAAGCUACGCAACAAUCAGUUUUAGUCUUUCAAGCUAGAAGCUAGUAAAUUAAUGUUCAGUGUAUCCGCGUGUGCAUACUUAGCUGCUCAUCAAAAUGUUAACUCCUCGAUUUAAGUUAACACAGGACGAGGACCACGUGUUUAUUACUGUGCAUGCACCUUACACAAAUAUCAGCGAAACUGAGAUCGAUGUUGACGGUGAGAAUUUUUUGUUCGUAUCCAGCCCCUACUUUCUGAGACUGCGACUACCUGGGCGAAUAGUUGAGAGUGAUCGUUCCAAAGGUUCGUAUACCUCCGACUCGGGAGAUUUUACCCUUACCUUCGAUAAAGAGAAUCCGGGGGAACAUUUCGAAAAUCUGGACAUGAUCACCAGCUUGUUGGCUCCUAGAGACAUACCAGAUGUUAAUCCAGACUUGGUACAAAUGCUUGAAGACGACGGCAUAACUAUCGAACAAGAUGUCGAAGGUGAACCAAGCGAGAAAUACUCUUUCGGUUUCGCAAACAAAAUAUCGACAGAGUUCAAAGAAAUAGGUACUGAGUUUCCCCAAAUAUUUGAGUUGAGGAUUCCCGAACAAGUGCCAGUCCAUGAAAGGAAUGCCUUGAGAGAAAAGUAUGAAGACCACAAAUUCUCCUCGGAUCAUUAUUUAGCAGAUUUCUUUGACAAAGAACUCCUAGCGCCAUAUUUAGAUGCCACAAUGUCUUGGGACACCCCUUCCUUUGAUAAAAACGUAGAUUUUACUGAAGAAGAGGUGGCUGUAUUAAAAGAAUUACCAAACAAGCAUUACAUUUUAACCAACUCUGAAUACAAGCAAGUUUUUUAUGGACUUGUAGAUAUACUUUUUGGUUAUUGCUAUGAUAAGAGAACAACAUUGAACGAAAGUAACGUUGAAUCCAGUUGGACAAUCAAUAAAUUAUCAGCAACGUUAAGCUGGUUCUGUGUAUUCAAAGAUAUGAAGGAGGUUCUCAUAGCAUGCUAUCGAAGAGCACUAGUCUAUCCAAUAUUUAGAAACUUCGAUCUAUGCAACAAAGUUAAGAACGAUCUUGUAUCAUUAUUGAGGAAAGGAAAGAAGUAUAUAAUCAAAUGUAUGUUAAGUAUCCACCAAAUGUUCAAUUUAAGUAAUGAUGCUCGGUAUAUUUUAAACCAGCUGUAUAUUAAGGAUUAUUUGAUAUUUUUACAAAAGUGUAGAGCGGAAGAGUUUGAAGACCUAAGUAAUAAUAUUGCUAACAUUGAAAUAAUGAAGAACAAUGUUGCUUUAGAUCUGGUCGAACUAGAGGCAGCCGCACUGAUGGUACAAAAGGAAGAGAGUCAAAUUAUGCAAAACCAAAUGGAAGUUCAAAUGGCACAUUUGACUUUGAUAACACAAAUAACGAAAUUAAACGAUAAUUUAUUUGUUUAUGAUACUGACACUUCUGAUUCCAGUUCAGAUGAUUCAAGUAGCGAUUCAUCUGAUGAUUCUUCUGUUUUGGAUUCCGAUGAUGAUUUAUCUUGACGGUACAUCUAGGAAAUAAUAGAAUGGGGAUGUAAUGAAUUAAAUAGAUGGAACGUUUAAGGAUGGAGUAUUAUCAAUACAGGUGACAGGGAUAAAUUGGAAAUCAAUAAAGUAGUGUUGUGUAAAUAUAUAAUGAGAUAACUAUAGAAGACUUGCAGUGUAAAUUAACUUAUGUCACAGUAAGAAUAGGUUUAGUAAUUUUUGUGAUGACAAUUUAACCACAGUGCUUACUCUUAUUGAUAAAAACUUAAAACAAAGUAUUUAAUAUUAUAAAGCAGUAAUGUUUGGAACUACUGAACCGCCUUUGAAAAUUUUCAAAAAAUUUAGAGAUCCCUAUAAAAAUUGUAAUAAGUUACCCAUGCAAAGUUGGGGUGGAUCGCUAGUAAUAAAUAUAAGUGAAAAAUUCUAUUUAUGCAUCAGUUAACUACUUGUCCCACUGCCGACAAAGAAACUUAACUAGCUGUUAACAAUUUUCUCCCUCAAGAACCAUGCAAUCGGUGUCAAUUAUAGAAAUAAAUAACUAAGAGUUGAAUGCUGAUUAUACAUAUGAAUGACAAGAAGUCUUUCUCUACUAGUUUUUAACAGCAACGAGAGCUAUCAAAGAAUGACACUCACUCUUAGUAUAAAGUGUUUUUUUUUUUUUGGCUGUCAGAAUACUUGCUGACUCUUGCUUGGUACAUAAUAAAAUGCUGAUCAUAAAGUUA